AUAAUUCGCCAGAACACCACCGAGAUCACAUGAUCGGAGACUGCAUAUGCAUCGUUAGCUGACUCGUUAGCGGUUAGCGGCGUUAGCACCAAGCCUCUUGUGCUCACCAGGAAGCAGUCCGACCUGACGUUGUCUCAAGCCGCACUGAAGAGAGGAGCUGUCAAACAUAUGCAUCAAUAUUAUUUCACGAUUCUUCCCUCGUUGACUCUACAGCAGCCAGGUACGUUGCUUGCAAGUAAAUACGUGCUAGCCAACCAACCAUGUAAUGUUUACUUUAGUUCAGCUGUAUUCCCUUAUCUCUUUUUCAUAUUAGCCUAGCUUAGCUAUCACUUAGCUAAAUGAUGGAACCAUAAUAAACUACUUUAGAGCGUGUUGUAGCUUUUAUUAAAUGUUGUAAACGGUAAAUGGUUAAAGUAAUGUGUUUGCACUUUGUGAUCGUGCUCAUAGUGAAGUAAAUGUUUCGCACUGAACAUCCAGUUCUUCUCUACAGUAACUGCUGUCAUGGGCCAUUUGUUAACAAGGAAACUGUUUGUUUAUCACUGUUUCACAGCUGGUUAAACGUUACCUACAUGGCUGCUUACAUUAACACAAAAUAAAUGAGCAUGUGACCAAGGACCAGAGACAACAGCACAUGAUCUGGACAAGUGGAGGAGGCAAAAGUCUAUCAGGGGUGAGACAAUAAAGCACAGCACUGCCCUACAGUGAAAAAGUGGACAUAUUUAAAUGCAGCAUUUAUAAUUGUUAUUCUGGUUUUGCAAAACUGAUGAAAACAUCUGUUGCACAUUUAAUCCCUCCAUUAGGAUAAUUAUUCAAAGCGGUCGAUCAGGAGUGAACAGCCAUGACAACAAAGACAUCCCUGCUGAAAGUCAUCCUCCUGGGUGAUGGUGGUGUUGGGAAAAGCUCCAUUAUGAAUCGCUAUGUUACCAACAAGUUUGAUGCACACCUUUUCCACACUAUUGGCGUGGAGUUCCUCAACAAGGAACUGGAGGUAGAUGGUCACCAGGUUACCCUGCAGAUUUGGGACACAGCCGGCCAGGAGCGUUUCCGCAGCCUGAGGACUCCUUUUUAUCGAGGCUCUGACUGCUGCUUGCUCACUUUCAGCGUCGAUGACAGCCAGAGUUUUCUCAACUUAGGCAACUGGAAGAAAGAGUUCAUCUACUACGCAGAUGUCAAGGAGCCAGAGAAGUUCCCGUUUGUAGUCUUGGGCAACAAACUUGACGUGACAGAGAGGCAGGUGUCUUCCGAGGAGGCUCAGCAAUGGUGCCAGGAGAAUGGGGACUACCCUUACUAUGAGACCAGUGCUAAGGACGCCACCAAUGUAGCCGUGGCGUUUGAGGAGGCAGUGCGUAGAGUGUUGGCAAUGGAUGAGAGAACAGACCACCUCAUCCCCACGGACACAGUCAAGCUCCACAGAAAGCCUCGCUCCGCUGGCGCCUGUUGCUCAUAACAUCCAGGAGUUAUUACUAACCAUUUUUUGCUGUUUAUGCCUGUAAUGUGAUGAGGCUGUAGGUGUACAAUGCUGUAGUAACAUCUUAUUUAAACAAGUGAUGCUACUGGCUUAUUAUACUGGUUUAUUAUACUGUUAAGGGUUUAUAAUGCUCAUAGUUGGACUUUGGUUUGAAGACAUGGAAAACACUAAAUGCAGGCCAGGUUGACAAAAAAUUGGAAUCAGUGAGGAUGUAGCUCAGUUCUGCCUACUUCAAAGGUUUGUCUUUGGAGGAAGUCACUGUAUGUUUUUAGUUUACAAUAGGUACCUACUAGAAACUACAAUUACAUCGAUUGAAAAUACACAAUAUUACAUGGCAAAAAAGAGGAAAUCAUUUGAAAAGUUCCCUUUUUAUCUCUCACAACGUGUUUAAACCUGGCCCUUCAAAAAAUGUAAAUGUGUACUAUUGCGAAAGUGCAAUAUUCAAAAGGCUUCUGAACUUAACUCUCACAUGCAUUACUCUUGCAGACAAGAGUAAUCGUAUUCAUAAAAUAUCUGCAAAAUUGAAUAUUCGUUCACAUUCAUAUGGCUAAUUAACAGUUUUCCUGAGAAUAAUGAAGUAGCUGAGGCACUACUGUGUGUAACUAACAAAUUGGCUUUUUGUGAUCGUUGCACCUUCAGGUCUUGUUUGUGCGCAUUUUGCAUAGUGAAAAGUGAAUGGCUUUAUGCUGGAAGCACUGAAGGGCACAGUCCUGAACAGAAGAUACACAUUAAAGCAAACAUAACAUGCAUGGCUCAAGAUGAACUUAAGUUUCUGGGAACUUUUAUAUUUUGUAAAGUAUUUUUAACUAAAGAAUUCACAGAAUCAACAAAUAGAAAUCAUAAUUGGAAUAACGCUUUCCUAAUUGUUGGGUUUGUUUUAUAUCAAUGAUUUUGAUCUUUGUAGCACUAUAUUAACAUUUUUUUAAAUAACAUUUAAAGUCUGUCCCCACAGUUUUAACAUGGUGAAACAUUAAUUUACCUUGACUGCUUCUCAUUCCAAUUUCAUAUCUAUUUACAGCUGUACUACUGUUAUGCUAAAUGAUGAAUAAACCCUGAGAAAUGUCUCCUUCAGUCCUUUGCAGUGUGAAA